UGAUUUGUUAUGAGUUCCGUUUUUGCAGAUUUAUGGAUGGAUGAUUUAUCAAUAGAUAACAUAAGUUGAAUUGGGAAUUCAGAUAUGAGAGGGGAGUCGUCGGGGUUGAUAAUUGGAAUAUCGAUCGGGGUUGUUAUCGGAGCAGCUUCGGCUGUAGCUGCAUUUUUCUGCAUUAGGUAUUACCAUAGGCAGCGUUCGCAGAUCGGAAACAGCAGUUCUAGAAGGGCUGCAACCAUACCUAUUCGCGCGAAUGGUGCCAAUUCUUGUACCGUAUUGUCAGAUUCUUCGAUGGGCACCGAGUCGCCAAAGUCUACUGUACAGAACGGCUUGUCGUUUUGGCUCAGGGGAAUUAAGAAGUCCAGUGUGAUUUCUGCAUCUGGUAUAAUGGAAUACCCUUACAAGGACCUGCAGAAAGCAACGUGCAAUUUCACGACAUUAAUCGGUCAAGGGUCGUUCGGUCCCGUUUACAAAGCUCAGAUGUUGACCGGCGAGACUGUGGCGGUUAAAGUGCUUGCUACAGAUUCUAAGCAGGGGGAGAAAGAGUUCCAAACUGAGGUUAUGUUGUUGGGGAGAUUACAUCAUAGAAACCUCGUGAACUUGGUCGGCUACUGUGCGGAGAAACACCAACACAUGCUUAUAUACGUGUACAUGAGCAGAGGAAGUUUGGCAUCUCAUUUAUAUAAUCAGAAACUCGAACCGUUGAAUUGGGAAUUAAGGAUUCAAAUAGCUCUCGAUGUGGCCAGGGGCUUGGAAUAUCUACACGAUGGUGCAGUUCCUCCUGUAAUACAUCGCGACAUAAAAUCAUCCAACAUUUUGUUGGACCAAUCCAUGAGAGCUAGGGUGGCUGAUUUUGGACUAUCGAGAGAAGAGAUGGUUAGCAAGCAUGUAUCUAAUAUUCAAGGAACUUUCGGAUACCUCGACCCGGAAUACAUAUCAACACGUUCGUUCACAAAGAAGAGCGAUGUUUACAGCUACGGCGUAUUGCUGUUUGAACUCAUUGCAGGAAGAAAUCCUCUUCAAGGUCUUAUGGAGCAUGUUGAGCUAGCGGCUAUGAAUACGGAGGGAAAAGAUGGAUGGGAAGAAAUCGGGGAUCCACGAUUGGAGGGUAAGUUUGAUGUGGAAGAGAUGAAUGAGGUGGCGGUACUUGCACACAAGUGCGUGAGCCGUGUGUCUAGGAGAAGGCCUUGUAUGAGAGACAUUGUUCAGGUGCUUUCGAAGAUUCUUAAAUUCAGACACAGACAGAGUCGGAAGCGUGACAAGGAAGAUGAGGUCGUCAUCCUCGAUAUGCCGCGAUUAGAAAGGUCUACUAGUCCUUUGCCUCGACACAAACGAGCCGAAUCUUUGGACAGUAGUAAUGCCGAUUCCAUCGAUGUUUAAAUGACCAUUUUUCUUUUUUCUUUUUUAAAUUACUUGAUUCGGAUUUUUUUUUUUAUUUGUAGCAUAUUUUCAGCAAUGUAGGAUUUUAGAAUGAGAAUACUGUAAUAUAUAGUGAAUCUUUUUUGACAGGAUUGUAUUGAGUUUCCAUCAAGUUUAUGUUAUGUAUAUCAAACCGUGAAAUAUAAUCUUCUAGAUUAUGUGGUA